AUGAGCCUAAAUUGUUCCUUGUGGAAGGAAAACAGCUUGUCUAUAAAACAUUUUGCAUUUGCCAAGUUCUCUGAGGUCACUGAGCAGUGUUUUCUUCUAUUUACCCUCAUCCUACUCAUGUUCUCAGUAUCAUUGACUGGCAAUGCUCUCAUAGCCUUUGCCAUCUGGACCAACCCAGUGCUCCAUACCCCCAUGUACUUCUUCUUGGCCAACUUGUCUCUCCUAGAGAUUGGCUACACUUGCUCCGUCAUACCCAAGAUGCUGCAGAGUCUUGUGAGUGAAGCCCAAGGGAUCUCUAGGGAGGGUUGUGCCACACAGAUGUUUUUCUUUACAUUCUUUGGUAUCAGUGAGUGCUGUCUUUUGGCAGCCAUGGCUUUUGACCGCUACAUGGCCAUAUGCUUCCCACUCCACUAUGCAACACGAAUGAGUCGUGGGAUGUGUGCCCAAUUAGCAAUGGUUUCUUGGGGGGUGGGAUGUACAGUAGGUUUGGGCCAGACUAAUUAUAUUUUCUCCUUGGACUUCUGUGGCCCCUGUGAGAUAGACCACUUCUUCUGUGACCUCCCACCUAUCCUCAAGCUUGCCUGUGGCGAUACAUCCCAUAAUGAGGCUGCCGUCUUUGUAGCAGCAAUCCUUUGCAUUUCUAGCCCAUUUUUGCUGAUCAUUGCUUCCUAUGGCAGAAUUCUAGUUGCAGUGCUGGUCAUGCCGUCACCUGAGGGUCGCCAUAAAGCUCUAUCCACUUGUUCUUCCCACCUACUUAUAGUAACACUCUUCUAUGGCUCUGGAUCUGUCACCUACUUGAGACCCAAAGCUAGCCACUCACCAGGAUCUGACAAACUCUUAGCCCUCUUCUAUACAGUGGUGACAUCCAUGCUCAACCCCAUCAUCUAUAGUUUACGAAACAAGGAAGUCAAAGCAGCUCUCCAGAGAAGUCUGUGCAAGAAGGAGGCUUUGACCAAUGGAUAG